UUUCCUGACAACCUGCCUUGCUCAGUGGCUCUCCAGCCAUCACCCCACGAUGUCGGCAAGCAAUGUGCCGUGGAGUUUGAGAUCAAAGCGUUCAGCGCUGAGAGUCAGGACGCUAAAAUACGCAAACGGAGCUCAGUGAAGCUGAUGAUCAGGAAGGUUCAGUAUGGUCCAGAGAAGGAGGGAGCGCCGCCAUCUGUUGAAACCACCAGGGACUUUGUCAUGUCGGACAAACCGCUGCAUGUCAGGGCUAGUCUGGACAAAGAGACAUACUACCACGGUGAGCCCGUCAAAGUGCACGUCAGCGUCACAAACAACUCCAGCAAAAACAUCAAGAACCUCAUCGUCUCUGUGGAUCAGGUCUCCACGGUGGUGUUGUACUCCAAUGACAGCUACGUCAAAUCUGUGGCCAUCGAGGAACCGGGGGAUUCGGUGUCUCCUGGAGCAACCCUGCAGAAAGUCUACACCUUGCUGCCUCUGCUGGCUAACAACAGGGAGAGGAGGGGCAUCGCUCUGGACGGCAAGCUGAAGCAUGAAGACACCAACCUGGCGUCAUCGAGCAUUGUCAAAGACGGUGUGCUGAAGGAAGUUAUGGGGAUCAUGGUUUCAUACAGAAUCAUGGUGAAGCUCAUUGUCGGAGGGAUGAUGGGAUCAAGUGAGGUCGGUCUGGAAGUUCCCUUCAAACUGAUGCAUCCCAAACCUGAUGCAGGUAAGGAAAGAACACAUCCAUCCAUCCAUCCAUACAUCCAUCAAUAAUCCAUCCACCCAACCAUCAUCCAUCCAUCAA